AUGAAUGACCUCUAUGUAAAGAGACACCAUUAUUUGGGUGAUGGAUCAUCAUGUGUGGUCGCAGACAAAGGCGAUGAGGCUGCAGCAGUGGCGCUGUCCUCCCUAAUACAGGCGCUGUACGAGACAAACAUGGUUGCCAUAGUGAGGAGGGUGUACAGUGCAGCAUCCGGACCUAAGUUGGGAUGUCUCAUACCACACAUCAAAGCUGACUAUGAGUGUUUGCUCUAUGUUGAGUUGCCGUUUAUGGAAGACGUACGACAGUUCACAUUUGGUAGCUUACCUAUUACCAAAGAAAAUCUGUCAACAGCAAAUAACAAAUUUGCUCCAUCUGAGAAACAACUGGAAGUCGUUGACAACCUUAUCACAACAAUGGACCUUUGUCAGUCACAAGGUGAUGAUGAGGAGGAGGAUGAAGAAGAAGAAACCACAGAGUAUCUGAAGUCUAAGUUGACCUUUAACCCUCACUUCCAGAGGCUGUAUCAGUGUCUCCAACAUCGAGGCCUCAAUCCAGAUGAACCAUUAGCUGAGUUAUCUCCCCUGGUUGCAAAUUACCUGAAGCCACCUCAAGAGAUCCUCACCAAGUGUGAAGAACACAUUGAGGGCCUUAAAAAACUGUUCAAACUGGAAGUAGUGAAACGGAAAGAGGAGAAGACUGGUGAGAAUCAGUUCAAAGAAAGUGAUGAAGGUGAAGCUGGAAAAGCUAAGAAGCCACGCCUUGACGAUGACCUUGAGGGUGGCAUGGCUGACAUCACAAGGGCAAAGGUCACAGAGGUCGGUACUGUCACACCUGUUGAAGACUUUGUUGCGUUCAUCAACCAAAAGGACGACGAUAAGUUUGAAGAAGCGAGUGAACAGAUGCAGAAGAGGAUACAACAGAUUGUAAUUGAUUCCUUUGGGGCCCAAUUCUACCCGAAGGCUAUGGAUUGUUUGAAGGCUCUCCGCACACACUCAAUCAAGAAAUCAGAGCCUGGUUUAUUUAAUGCUUUUAUGAAGAAAUUCAAGGAAACGUUGAUAGCCAAAGGCAGGAGGGACUUCUGGGAACAAAUUGUGGCAGAAAAUCAGGGAUUGAUAUCCAAACUGGAAAGUGAGGAUAGCACUGUGUCUAAAGAGGAAGCAAAACAGUUUGUCAGCGCGGGAGAGGAAAAGGACGAGGAAGAGGAGAAAGAAGAUGAGGGUGAUGACGCAGACGAUCUGCUGGACAUGGUGUAACAUCCUAUUCUUUGGUGGUCAGCACAUUGCAGUCUGGUCAUGUGACAACACUAAUACGUGCUGGAGAGAGCACAAUGGCAGCUUGGUUAGAAAGAAUAUCAUGGGAACAAGUUUGGGAAAGGAAAAUAAAAUUAUUUAAGAAUUAGAUGACAUUAAUGUCAAGUGAUGUUUCUAGGAAGGAUAUUUCCCCACAGGUCUGAUCCUUCAUUUCUCUCAGAUGUCAUUACAGAUUCUGAUGUUACAGAGGGUCACUUCUCCUUAUGUAAUUGUUACAGAGUGUCAUGUUACGGGGCGUCACCUCUCCUUAUGUAAUCGUUACAGAGUGUCAUGUUACGGAGGGUCACCUCUCCUUAUGUACUCGUUACAGAGUGUCAUGUUACGGAGGGUCACAUCUCCUUAUGUAAUCGUUACAGAGUGUCAUGUUACGGAGCGUCACCUCUCCUUAUGUAAUCGUUACAGAGUGUCAUGUUACGGAGCGUCACCUCUCCUUAUGUAAUCGUUACAGAGUGUCAUGUUACGGAGCGUCACAUCUCCUUAUGUAAUCGUUACACAGUGUCAUGUUACAGAGCGUGACCUCUCCUUAUUGUAUACUUUGUCCAGUGUAGAUCAUCAUCAGAUCUAUUUCAUUGUAAUUUGUCAGCAGUCCUAUUCACCCUAUGUUAUACUUGUAACCUGAUCACCACAUAAAACCCCUGAUACUCUCCACCAUAUACAUUAUAAGUCACUAUGUAAUUCUCUUUUACAGUACAUAAUGACUAUUUUAGUGUUUCCUGUGAACAGUCUUUCUAGACAGGUUUGACUGUAUGUUGGGAAUAGUACUAGUCAAUCCAUAGGUUUACAUUCAGUAUGAAAGAUUUGUUCAAACAGCAUCAAUAACCAGAACAAAACUGUUGAUAUGGAUGUGGCAGGGGAGAUAACUUGCUAACUUCCUGUUUGUUACACUUAUAUUCAAUGUCUUGUUACAAAUUAAGUAUCUGUGUUACACAUACAGUGUACAUGGUGAAAAUGAGUGACAAUAAAUGUGAGAUAAGGUG